CUCUCCUCACAAACUUCGGGACCUCACAUCGCUACGCCCUCUUAUCCUUCCCCUAUGGGCCCAUCCAUCACGCCUGCUACACCAGUCGGACCUCGUUCUCGACUCCCUCUCGCAGCCGCUGAGCCACCCAAAGAGCCCCGCAGUGUGCGUGCCCAGCACAAAGGACUGAAAGAAAUUGAAGAGCUGCUGGGAAUGCCCGUACCUUCCUGGGUGCUGGGAGAGAAGGAAAGGAGGAUAUGGAAUGGGAUUGUGCCUUAUGUCAAGGAGAAGGAUGCAGCUAAUACCUGGAGCGGGUUUGCCACUGCUGGGGCGUAUGAUGAGCACCAGAAGGUUCUCUCAAAUAUAGACGACCUCUCCUCCUCUCACACUGGUCUCCUCCAUACUUUGCGCUCGGCAACCUUUGCGCUGAAAGACGAAGAACGCGAGUUCAACGCUGCGACAACAAGGCGGGACAUUGCAGAGGGGAUGGCCGAACGCGUAGGGCGGGGGAUGACACUGGCAGAAGGACACGAGAGCCUGGGGAUCAAUUAGGCGCUCUGUGUAGGUUCGAGGAAUAGGUCAUUAUUUCUACUUAUUGAAUGUGUUUGCUCUGGAGGGUCACAGGGUCGUUAUGUAA